ACCGCACAGCCCGCCAGAUCCCAAUAACCACAGGCCAGCUCCCUCUUCCGUCGAUUGCCUUGUCUGUGCCCCCGUUUAUCCCCUAAGACAUGCCUUAGAUAGCGAAGACAGAGAUCCUGCCACAAGACACUGGCCUGCUUCCACCAUGGCCAACCUCCUGCCCUUUCGCGAUAUCAACGUUCAUGCUUCUACAAGUCACUAUGCAUUUACAUCGCCUUCCACCCCCUCUGCGCCGACCUUGGUGGUAGAAAGACCGUCUGGAGACAUCAGACUCAACGAUGGAUCUCUCCUGGGCGCGAAACGGGUCUCCAGCAUUGCUGGUAUCCUGGGCAUCAUCAAGCUCAAACUGGACAAAUAUGUCAUAGUGAUAACGAAGGCGCAGCCCAUGGGCAGGCUGCGCGGACAUAUGAUCUACAAGGUCGUCGCUACGGAGUUUCUCCCUUUGCGCGAACGCCCAGUUCACGAUCCUGACGAGGAUACCUACCUUUCCUACCUCAAGAACCUUCUCGCCACCGGACCCAUGUACUUUUCGUAUUCUCUUGAUGUCACCUCCGCCUUCCAGCGUCAAUCGCAGUCCGAUCUUUCACACCCUCUCUGGAAAAGGGCAGAUGACCGGUUCUUUUGGAACCGUUUCAUUCAGACCGAUCUGAUUGAUUUUCGGACAGGAGGUGGCGCUUCGGCGGGUCUGAAAAGCCAGCAGCAACCUGGCGCCGACCCUUACAUUCUCCCUGUGAUGUUCGGCAUGUUAGAGAUUAAGCCAGCGAAGAUAGAGUCCAUCAGCUUCACCUUCGCCCUUAUCACGAGGAGAUCAAGGUUCAGGGGUGGUACGAGAUACUUUUCACGUGGCAUUGACGAGCAAGGCCAUGUUUCCAAUUUCAAUGAGACCGAGCAAAUUGUGGUGUUGAAUGACCUUUCAAGUCAGCCAACUGGGUAUGCUGGUGGCCAAGGGAUGCAGAAUGGCAAAGUUGGAGGUUCACUGGCCGAGACACAGAUUUUGUCCUAUGUUCAGACACGUGGGAGUGUGCCAGUGUACUGGGCCGAGAUCAAUGAUCUCCGAUAUACACCCAAACUCCAAAUACGUGGGGUUGAAUCUGCUGUUGAUGCGGCACGGAAGCACUUCGACGAACAGAUCAGAACCUAUGGCGAGAAUUACUUGGUCAAUCUAGUGAAUGCUCGGGGAAGAGAGGAACGAGUGAAGAAGGCUUACGAACAGAUGGUGCGCAUUCUUGUGAAGUCUCCCGAUGAGUCUGUUGAACCAGGGCGACGAACCGAGGAAAGAUUUCAUGAAAUCACGGCCGACCAGCAGCAUCAACGCAUGGACAGAUUGCACUAUAUCUAUUUUGACUUCCACAACGAGACGAAAGGCUUAAAGUGGCACCGAGCUGAACUCCUUCUCGAUGAGCUUCUAGAUGGUUUGAGGAAAGGACAGUAUUUCCGUGGUGUUGAGAUGCCGGGAAAUCCGUUAGGGGCACUGGAGAUAAGGUCAUUGCAGACUGCCGUGGUCCGGACGAACUGCAUGGACUGCCUUGACAGGACUAAUGUUGUUCAAAGCAUGCUUGGGAGAUGGGCUAUAACCCAGCAAUUCCAAGACUUGGGUCUCCUGCAGCCAGGUGAAAGAGCUGACGACGAUCGGUCUUUCGAAUUCAUGUUUCGAAACAUCUGGGCGGACAACGCUGAUGUUGUUUCGAAAUCCUACUCGGGUACUGGGGCUUUAAAGACAGAUUUUACUCGCACAGGCAAGCGCACAAGAGCUGGAAUGGUCCAAGACCUUAGCAACUCCACCACUCGAUAUGUCCGAAACAACUUCCUGGACGGGCCUAGGCAAGACGGAUUUGACCUUUUCCUCGGUACUUACUUGCCUUCGACGUAUGGUGUUGGAUCCUCUUUGACUUUCAAAGACCGACGACCACUCGUUAUACAAGCGGUUCCCUACCUUUUGGCGGCUUCGUUGUUCAUUACUUUGAUAUCUAUGCUGACGCGACGGCCGCCAGAAGCAGCUGUUUGGCCCCUGCGUAUGCUUGUCAUCUUAUGCCUAGUCGUUGCGGGUUGGUGCUUUCAAUUCGUCUACGGUCACGGUUUGCUCUACGUCAAUUGGCCAAAGCUGCACACGCCACAGUUUGCUCUUGACGGUUAUCACGAUGCCCUCACGCGGGCCCACAAGGAUCCGGUUAUUGGGCCAGUCAUUGCAGCCGAGGGUGGGAAGGACAGGAGGUCGCGCAACAUUAGCACCGCAAAUAUGGGUUACAUGGAAGAAGGCAAGAAAAGAAUAGAAUAAUCUUGGGACGCGGGUGUUGUAGUCUCAGCAAGCGCAAAUAGACCAGAUUCGAAUGAGGAUAUGAUUUAGGGAGUAGUUGAAUUCUCGAAACCAAG